GUAUCGUAUGACUACUGUAAUAAGUAGAGACGUAAAUUCGCCCGUUAUAAAAGGUGAUAAAGUGUUGUUGGUGUCUGUAUUGUCCACCGUUAGAUAUGAAAGCGAUUACCUGUUUACAGUUCUUAAUUUUAACUGUGGCACUAUUUCAGUCGCAAGCCCAGAAUUGUCCUGAUGUAAUAUGCGCUAUUGCCUGUCUUAACGGUCAUGAUGUUGAUCAAUUUGGCUGCCCAAUAUGCAAGUGCUUUGAUCCUUGUGAAGGACUUAUAUGUCCAGUUGGUCAAGUGUGUCAAUCUAGAGCGCAAACUUGCACAGAAGAUUGCUGUUCACGUCCAUCCAUUUGCGUGCCAUUCUCCGUUUCCAAUUUGAAUGCGAGUUCACCAAUCUGCCCAAAACGUAAGUGUGAAAACCUAUGCCCUUACGGCUACGCAAAAGACAGCGAUGGAUGUCAAACUUGUGACUGUAUCGAUCACUGCAAAGAAAUGAAUUGUUCAUCAGAACGCGUUUGUCAAACAGAAGAACUCUGCCCAACCGGCGAUUGCGGUAAAACAAUUAAAUGCGUCACGAUAUGUGCAGAUCUGCCCUGCCAUGCGAAUACGCAAUGCCCGCAAGGAUUUCAAAUGGACGAAAGAAACUGUCCAACAUGCCUCUGUAAAGAAGACUGCGAAUUUCCACCAUGUGGACCAUUGCCAUACUGUAAGACGCUGUAGGCUUUCUUCAGCUUAAAAGAUACUUGUAACUUGAUGUAAUGUAUAAGUCCACAUCAGUUCUCUUUAUAAUAAAUCUACGCUGCAGUUCA